AUGCCAGCAGACCAGUUCCUGCCGGCCAUCGGCCACGCCAUCUCCGGCGCGACCGGCACCGCAAUCUCCACAACCGCCACAUACCCGCUGGACCUCGUCAACACCCGGCUCAAGGUCCAGCGACAGCUGCGCAAGGACGGCACCAUCUCGCCCUCGGAGCAGUACGCGGGUAUCUUGGACGCAGUAUCUCGGAUCUACGAGCGCGAGGGCGGGCUGGGCGCCUUCUACGCGGGACUGGGGUCUGACGUGUUCAAGGGUGUGGCGGAUAGUUUUCUCUUCUUUCUUUUUUACAACUGGUUCCGCACAAAGAGGUCACAAGGAAACAGCAGGCGCCUACUGGCCUGGGAGGAGCUGGCGGUGGGCGCGGCGGCAGGCGCGUGCGCGAGGCUGUUCACGACACCGAUCGGCAACGUAGUGACGCGGAAGCAGACCGCGUCACUGAUCGCCGAAGACGACGAAGCCGCUAGCCAGGCCUCUCGUAACCUGUCGUUCGCGGAGAUCCUGCACGUUAUCCGGGCGGAGAGGGGGAUCCUGGGGCUCUGGGCCGGAUACAGCGCCACCCUCGUGCUGACGCUGAAUCCCAGCAUUACCUUCUACCUGCAGCACGCGCUCAAGAAGGCGCUGGCCGAUAGGGGCCGUGAGGGCGAGUCCAACGGCGCCACGUUCCUGGUCGCUGCGCUGAGCAAGGCCAUCGCGACUGCGGCGACAUAUCCGUUCCAGAUUGCAAAGGCCAGAGUGCAGGUUUCUGCGCCGGAGAGCCCGAAGCCGGAGCUCGAGGAGGAGAAGGAGGUCUCUACCCGGUCGGGAGAGGAGGAUACGCUCGUGGUUGAGCAGAAUGUCGGCAAGGUGGAAACCAGAGCCCAAGCGCUCAAGGGCCGUAUCCACAGGUUGGCCGAGGACACCAUUUUUGGUACCGUCCUGCACAUAGGAAGGACCGAGGGCGUGCCGGCGCUGUACGACGGUAUCAGUGGGGAGUUGCUCAAGGCUUUCUUUAACCACGGGACGACGAUGUUAUCGAAGGAGAUUGUGCACAAGUUGAUUGUUCAGCUAUAUUUCUUUAUACUUGCCAGGAUUCGCGCGUCGCCUACCGCUCAGGCGCUGAUUCGGCGGCGGUCCAGGGAAGAUCUGAAGAAGCUGGGAGAUAUCCAGAUUGCCGAGAGGUUUGCAAGGAUCAAAGAUGGACCUCUUGUAACGGGCUUGUUGGAGCGGACGCAGAAAUUGAUUGUGACGAAAUAG